AUGUAUAUCGUGUCACAGCUCCUCGAAUAUGGAGCUCCAAUCUUCCUCGUCACGUCCCCCUUGACCUCGUACACGGACCAAAUCCUCAGUAUACACCGGAGCAGGAGCUCGGCCGGAUUCUCGCUCGAUAUUCCGCUGAUUAUGCUGAUUGCGUCGAUUCUAAAGGUCUUUUACUGGUUCGGCGACUACUACUCCGUCGCGCUCCUGGCGCAAGCCGUAAUCAUGAUCGGAGUUCAGCUCGUGCUGUUGAAAGUUGCCUUGGACAACCGACCGGCUCCGGGACAGAAGAGCGGGGUUGAACAUAUCCCCUUCAGCGAUGCGAAUGGAGACAGGGGAUUCGCAAGGCCGUACGAUUUCUGGCAGUGGAAGAAUGCGAAGCCAUAUUGGAUGUUCCUGGCUUACUUCACCGGCGCCCUUGCCUUCAUCCACAUCUGCCUUCCCCCGAUCUCCAACAGUACAUUCUACAUUGAACUCCUCGGAUACGUCGGCCUCGCCGUCGAAGCGAUCCUCCCUCUGCCGCAGGUCAUCGCCAACCACCGCUCCCGCUCGUGCAAGGGCUUCCGCCUGUCCGUCGCAGCAGCCUGGAUCCUCGGUGACGUGAUGAAGCUGAGCUACUUUUUCACCAGCGAGGAUGGCAUUCCCUGGGCGUUCCGGCUGUGUGCGAUGUUCCAGUGUGUCUGCGACGCCUACCUCUGCGUGCAGUUCUGGAUGUACAACCAGGGGAGUUUCCGGCCGGGAAGCGUGCAGGAACGGCUGGAGAAGGAGAUUCCGCUCGAGGAGAAGGAUAUCCGAAUGACUUGA